GCCUUUGAUAUGAAGUCAAGUUAGCAGUUAACUCUGGAAGACCUUAUAAGAUAAUCAUUCCAACGCUUCCAGUUCUAUGGCGGCUGCAGGUGAAUGGCCCUGCAGCCGUUGCACAUUACUGAAUCCUGCAGGACUACGACAGUGCUCGAUCUGUGAAGCUCCUAGAGAAAAGCCAGACCUCAACCAGAUUCUGCGACUUAGUGUUGAGGAGCAGAAAUGGUCAUGCCCAAAGUGCACCUUCAAGAACUUCCUAGACAAGAGUAGCUGUGAGGUAUGCAGCUUUACAGCCGACUCCAAUCUCAUUAAAAUUCCUGGCCCUGCAGUUAAUGGUAUCCUACCAAAGCCCACUCUACCAGUAGAGCCUAGAGUAAUCUCUAAAGAGGACUGUCGCAGAAUAGAAGCUAAAAGUGACCCUAGCAGUAAUGGUUUUGGAGAAGUGGUUCCAGAGAUGACAAAUGGCUGGGCAUGCCAAAGGUGUACACUGCACAACACUCCUGUGAGCAGUUCUUGUUCAGCUUGUGGAGGCCCUCGAAAACUCUCUCUGCCCAAAAUUCCUCCAGAAGCACUCGUGGUUCCUGAAGUCUUAACACCAGCUGGAUUUCCACUGCCUUCUGCUGUGUCUCAGCAGACAAAUUUGAUCGACCUUACAGAGGAAGAUAAUUUAGGUAAAAAUGCCACAGUGGAGCAGGAAAUACCCCACACUCCAUCUUUCAGUGCAUUCUCCUCUGUUCUCCAAAAUAACCCUGUUCCCCGAAGUAGAAGAGAGGUGCCACCACAACCUCAGCCACCUGUUCGAUUGCACCCACAAUCCUCUGAUUCUUCACUUGCAGCAAUAUCAACACCUCCUGCUACUUCUCCAGGAUCUGCACAGAGGGGACCUGCCCAGGGACAAGUGAAGAAUUCUUCAAAGUCUCAGGAUGCAUUCUCCAGCAAGAGGCUGAGCACCUUGGAUGAAGAGAUGGAAGUGGUUUUUACGAACUGGAAAUGUGGAGUCUGUACUCGUUUGAACUCUUCCACAGUUACUGUGUGUGAAUCUUGCAACACUAUAAAGGGAAGUGACAUCAUUGACCUAGCAAAUGAUAGUGUUCGAUUUACACCUUGUAGCCCUUCAAGUCCAGACUUCUCAAUGUGGUCAUGCUCAAAGUGCACCAUGAAAAAUCCAACAAGCCUGCAGAAGUGUAGUAUGUGUGACUCAUCAAAGCUCCAUGGAUUUCAGGAGCACAGUGGUACUGAUUCUAGGUCCUUCUGUCCAGAAUGCAACUUAGAGAGGGGAAGCUCGAUCUCAGGCUGUGUGACCUGCAGCUGCAAGGUGGCCGCUCCUCGAAAGCCCGUAAAGCUCUUCCCCAACCAGCCAUGCUUAGUGCCUGAGAGACAAAGCAAGUGGUCCUGUCCUGCAUGCACGUUGUACAAUGAGAUGCAGGCCAAACAUUGUGCUGCCUGCCACACCCCUCAGCAGUACUUCACUCUGCGUAAGAUCGCCAAACCUCUCAAGAGGAGAGAGAGCAUGCAUGCAGAGAAACGUAGACAGACAGAUGAGGGUGAAGCCAAGGAGCUUUGGGAAAACAUUGUCAAGUUCUGCAGAGAGAACUUGGUGAACUUUGUGGAUGACAGCUUUCCUCCUGGGCCACAGUCUGUAGGAUUUCCAGAAGGUGAUAGUGUUCAACAGAGAGUGAAACAGUGGCUUCGGCCUCAUGAAAUUAACAGCAAUAGUUUCAAAGAUAUAAGUAUUAAGUGGUCAGUUUUUAGAACACCCCGUCCAUCUGAUAUUUUGCAAGGCCUGCUGGGUAAUUGCUGGUUUCUGAGUGCAUUAGCAGUUUUAGCAGAACGGCCAGAGCUGGUGGAGAGAGUGAUGAUAACUCGAAUUAUAUGUCCAGAAGGGGCCUACCAAGUGCGACUGUGUAAAGAUGGGACAUGGACAACAGUUCUUGUGGAUGAUAUGCUGCCUUGUGAUGAAGUCGGUUGCUUGCUGUUUUCUCAGAACUUCCAUUAUGUAAUAAAUGCAACAUUGAAAGAGGAAAUAAAGGUUAUAAGCUUCAUUCAGACUGAGAAAAAAGAAUUGGCAGCUACUAUCAGUGGAUUGAAUGUUGGGUGUAGCUAUGAUGCUGCUGCUGUAUCUUCAAGAGCCGCUGCCUUUGGGUCUGUCAUGAGGCAUUAUUCUUGGCUUCACUUGCAGUCUUUACCUGAAGACAGUAAGGCCAAGUUGCUGGAUGCUCCUUUGGAUAAUAAAAAUCUCUUUGGGAGUGCUGCUGCUAUGUUGAAGUCUCUUCAGGAAAAAGCAUUUAGCAUUAAAGUGUUCUUGAUGGGAGCAUCAUGUGGAGGAGGCAACAUGAAAGUGGAUGAUGCUACAUAUGAAAGCUUGGGGCUUCGCCCACGCCACGCCUAUUCAAUCUUAGAUGUACGAGAUGUGCAGAGAUACAGAUUGCUGAGGUUGCGGAACCCUUGGGGUCGAUUUUCCUGGAAUGGGAAUUGGUCAGAUGAGUGGCCUCACUGGCCCAGACCACUUAGGAAUGAGCUAAUGCCCCAUGGAAGUAGUGAAGGAGUCUUCUGGAUGGAGUACAGUGAUUUUAUCAAGUAUUUUGACUCUGUGGACAUCUGCAAAAUCCAUCCAGAUUGGCAUGAGGUGCGAGUUCAGGGUGUUUUCCCCAACCGAGCAAAUGGACCCAUUACUGUCACAGCAUUAACUGUUCUAGAGCGUACAGCCCUGGAAUUUGUCCUCUUCCAAGAAGGGAGUAGGCGUUCGGAUACCGUUGAUAAUCAUUUGCUGGAUCUUUGCAUCAUGGUAUUCCGCGCAGUGUUUGUUAAUGGAAAUAAGAUUACUUUGGGAAGGCUGAUGAUCCAUAGUAAGCGGGCUGUGAAGAAGUUCGUUGGCUGUGAUGUAAUGUUGGAGCCGGGAGAGUAUGCUGUGGUAUGCUGCGCCUUUAAUCACUGGCACAUGGCUAUACCUGGAACAUCUAGUGCAAAUGUUUCAAGUCCAACCAGUGGUGUGCGCUCCUUGCCUGAGUUCCCAAAGUACAUCCUGGCAAUCUACAGCUCCCGACAAGUCAUGGUAGAACAGAUAGAAGCACCAGCUUAUACCCUUGCAGAUGCCAUUAUACUGCUGACUGAGGAAAAAGGAGAGAGACAUGAGGGUCGUGAGGGAAUGACCUGCUACUACCUAACCCAUGGCUGGGCUGGGCUGAUCGUUGUUGUAGAAAACCGCCACCCUAAGUUCUUCCUCCAUGUACAGUGUGACUGCACAGACAGCUUUAAUGUGGUCUCAACAAGAAGUAGUUUGAAGACAUCAGAUAGCAUAUCCCCUCUGCACAGGCAGGUGUUGGUGAUUUUAUCGCAGCUGGAAGGGAAUGCUGGAUUUUCCAUCACUCACAGACUUGCUCACCGGAAGGCUACUCAGGCCCACCUGAAUGACUGGAUUUCUUUCAAGGGAGCACACAGCCCACCACUGACGCCUGAUGUGUCAGGACUUCAUGGUCCUCGCCCACUAUGACACACAUCAUCUGGCUUCCUGUGAAACUGGCCUAGAAUAAAUCUAGUUUUAAACUCUUGCAAUGUAAGCUGUGUCUCCCCUAUUCUCCCCCCUAUAAAAUGAUAUGUUCUCAUGCCAAAUUUUAACUGUCUUUUAAGCACCAUUAAAUAUUUUGGUUGGGGGGAGACAAGGACACAUGCAUUGAUGCCGUGGAUUGGUGCACUUUAUCAAGCCACUGGCAGUGGAUGAUUUCUUAUUUGCUGCCAGAAGGAUUCUCAGGACACAAACCCAGGGGCCAUAGCAUGAGGUGUGCAAUGUAGAGUGUGAGAACUUAAUGUCUUACAUCACCAAAAUCUGGAGGAUCCACAUCAGAGUAAUGGAAGAUGCUGUCAAAUCCAGGAAGAUGUGAUGGGAAGCCCCCAGCUGUCAACAAAAUGAAGACAAAAAAUGUAUUUUCAUUUAUUUUAAAUCUUUUUUAAAACUUGAGACAGCUGGUGCCAUCUUGUUUUGCUGUAUAAAAAUUAUGCACAAGGAGCUGCCACCAGCGAGGGGAUCUAUUUUGUGUUCUUUAAAAUGCACAAUUCAAUCAAUAAUGUCAUCUAAAACCUUAUGGGUAGCCUCUCUCCAUUACCCUCCAUGGAAGGAGCUUGUUUUAUAAUAACUCUGAUGUACUGAGCCUUUACAGGUUGAGUUGUAUGUCAUAUUCUUUAGAGAUGGGCAACACUGCAGAGAUUUGUUUGCUAUUAAUUGUAAGUGCAGAGAUAAUCACUAGGUUUGGGCUAUGUAACUACUGCAGUCCAAAACACACUUAGCUUGUAAGUGUCUGCUGUAUUUUAUGAAGUAUUAACUCAUCAUCAUGUCGUGUGGAAGUCUCCUUACUGAGUGUGUAAUUACCAGUUAAUUGCCAGCUUUAUAAAGUCUGGUAGUACCUGGAUACACUGUGAAGUACAUGAUUUCCAGAUUAUUACAAGUUGCCUUGUAUCCACCCACUCCCCUACUGUAACCUCAUCAAAGAAAGAAAGAAAUAUGUAUGAGCAGUAGUCCCCUUUAAAGAAGAUGGAACUGCAAGAAAAAAAAAGUUUUUAGUGCUGCUCUUUGUUUUGAUAAUGUAAAGAAAUUAUUACAGUACUGAGGUGAUAAUGUACAUAUCAGGCCACAUUUAUUGUUGAGAUGCUACAAAGUUUGGUAAAAAAAAAAAAACUGGUAGCUGAGUAAGACUAGCUAAUCACUACCAGGCAGGAGGGAGAGGGGAUGAAGAAAUGGUUUCACAUUUUGGGUUGUACCUCACCAAACACUGUCAUACUUUUGGAGCUGAUAGCUUCUGUUGAUACACUGGUAUGUCAUGGAUUUAGACCCAGGUUUCAGACCUGCCUUGGAGUUGCAAGUAUAAGUCUCCUUGGAUUUGAAUGGAUCAGGAGACCAUCAUCUCGAGUGUGCAUUUUUCCUUUAGCCAAGUACAAUUUAUUGAGCUAGUUAAUGCUGUAGACAUUUUAGGUUCUUCACAAAGCAUCUCUAAAUGUGUGCAUGAACAUGUUCAUACUUUUAAUAACUGUCAUGUUUGAACAUUCCUGGUGGGUCGUGUAAAAGUAGCCUAUGCUUUACAGCAUCUUGUUACUAAAGGCAAACACAAAACAGCUGAACAUUAUGAGCUUUCAGUUGGUUAAUGCUGUCUUUCUGUGGGACUGAGGAGGGGGCAGCCAAGCAGUACAUUUAUUUCUUUGCAUUUUAAUUACAGAAAGACUUAUUGUAAAUAUGUGUUUAUGACUUUUUUUCAAAGUGUACGGAUUUGUAAAAGAAAAUCUUUUUAGCCAUAAAUUUUCAGAUCAGCCCAGUUUGCUAAUUAAAAUGUUGUGAAGUACUACGUUUAUGAGCACACAGCUCCCUGACCAGUGUUCUUUGGUGAGUCUCCCCUGUUUUUAGUGUAAUUUUCAUAGAUUUCAGGAAUGUUAAGAAACUGUCAUUUGUUUUGGUUUAGCAAGUCUUCAUGUGUGGGGUGAUUCUGUUUGCACUUUUUGUCCAGCUUAUUGGGAUAGUAUUUGAAAAGCUGGUACAAUGCAUCAAUUAGGCAUGAGCUACCUAACUGCCAGCUUUAUUAAAGGAAUCAUUGAUUUUUUUUUUCAGAUUUAUAGACAUACUUAUUUGGCUACUUAUUGGUUGCUUGCAUGGCUUGCCCAAUUACCCUUCAUUACUAGUGAAUACUUUUUUCCGACUAUAAAAGUUCUUUCUUUUUUAACCUUAAGUAACUAUCACUGCUAAUUUUUUUUCUGCAAUAGAUUGCUUAGAUGAGUACUGCCUCUCUAGCACCACAGUUCAGCUGUUGUCUUUUACAAACACAACACAGGCAGAAUAGAAAUACUUUCAGAUUUUUAAUGUAGUUGACUUUUGUGAUUUUUUUCAUGAUAUGGCAGUAGUGGGGUUUUAAUGUUAGCUUUUAGAAGGUAGUGCUUGUUACUUUGACUGUAAUAGACAAAUGGAGGGAGAGGUGUGGGUGCAUGGUGCUAAUUGAGUAAUAUGAAUGAGCUUGUAAAUAUUUCUCAAAUGAUGGGGAGGCUGUUUUCAGCUGAAGUGCAGGAACAGUCACUGUCAGCAUUACAGUGCUUGCAGCACAAGCUCAUUUUUUAUUAAUUGUUCAUAUGCAGGUUCUGUGUCAUAGGAGGUAACUAGGCUAACAGCCCCAGGGCCCUUACAAGCUUUGCUAAGUUCAACCUGUGUACUCAAGGGUGUCUGGUUUAAGCAGACACUAAAAUCGGCACCUAAUUGCACCUGUCCAAGAGGGGGGGCACAGGUGGAACCUCCGGAGUGAUUUUCCGGUUACCUGUCCAGUCAUCCAAAUUGCAUUUAAAUAGGGCCAACAAGGGGCUUUGUUUAACAUGAAUAGGAAGCUUGUUCCGAAGGUGGGGCAACCUCUGUGAGACAACUCUGUCUUUCCAGCAAGUUCUGUUGAUGUCACAUACAUUUUAUUCAUGUCCAUGUUCCUGCCACAAGAUUAGUACAGUACAUGCCUAUCAGUUUGUUCCACUGGUCUUUCAGUAGAACUUGUAACUUUUAUUCCCUUAUUGACACUUGAUAUUAAACAUGCGUAUUGCUUAUAAGUAAGUGCAGCAGAUUGUGCACUGGUUCAUACGUUCUAGAAUCACUUUAUUUUUCACAGAACAUGCAAGAUUUACAGGAUUGUGUAUAUGUAAUCAGGAGAAUUGCCCGAGUCUUAAGAGAUUCUUUCUAUUGCUGUCUAUGUGCACAGAUGCAUAUGAAUCUGAAGGUUUCUGUGAGUAAACUGGACAGGCAUACAAUAAUAAUUUCAGUGAAUGCCAGUAGCAUGCGUCAGUGUUGAAAAUCAUUUUACUUGCUUAUUGUGUUUGCUCUUUUCCUCGUUGUCAGUGAAUGUGGAAUUCGUAUAUAUAUUUUUAGAUUGGUGAGGGUGUCUCCCUCCUCAUAGGAGGUGCAGGUAACAUGCCAGCAUCCAGUCCUACAAAUUAAAUAAGCUCCUGAAAAAUAACAAAAAACAUGCAUAAAAAAGUGUUUUUACAUAUACUAAUUUACGUUAUUGACACUCACCGAAUUACCUUAGAUGAAUCUGCAUAAAUCUAUCUGUGGUCAUGGGCUCCUUUGAGAACAUUUUCUGUAAUGGUUGAAGAGGAUUUUUUCAUUUUGAAUCCUUCUGUAGAUUAAAUAUGUGUGUGUUUCCAUGCAUGGUGACCUAAAUAAUUAGUGUGUCCUACCUUGCAUAAGAAUUUCAGCAGCAUCCUGCGAAAGCUUUUCUGUCAGUUGAAGAGCAGUUUACCUACACUGAUAUCAUUAACAUCUGCAGGAAAGAAAAUUGUUCUGUCUCUUAGUAGAAAUAAUGUUUUUCAGUUAUGGUUGCAGCAGUUUUCCUGUUCAUGCAUUGACCACCGAAUUGCAUAUCUUAAGAUGAGAAAAUUCACAAGGGUUGCACAUCUCAAAAAGGAACCUUAUGUUUGUAAGGCAAAUACCUUAACCAUUAGGCCACCCUCCCAACUCCUCCCUAAUAGAUUAGUACAGACUUUAUUUGUUGUUUAGUAUUGCCAGCUCGUAAGUCUGAAGAGAUCAGAGAAUCAGGUAUAGUAAAAUAUAUUUUCAGUCUGUAGUCAUACGUUCAUAUCUCUUUCAGAAUUUGCUGUGUACUACUGUUACUGUCAUUCAUGAUAAGCUGAUUUAAAUGUAAUGUAGGCAAUUCCACCAAAUAUCAAAAAUGUCAGCCUGUUUUGGUCAGACCUUUGGAAAGAACUGCACAUAAAGACAGUCAUGACUUGUAGUGAAAAACAGGCCCCCCCCCCCCUUUUUUUUUUUUUUUUUUAACAUGCAGUGGGGGUACCUGUAAUAACAGCUGGGAGCAGGCACUGCUGAAGGUUUUUUUGAGCCAGUGUAGUGGAAUAGCUUUUUCUCAGUGUUGCUUCUUAUUGUGCAAUGAUUUUGUAAGCUGCCAUUUAAUGUUCCUUUAUUUAGGUUUUACGCAUAAGGGCUAUGUAUCCAUUCAGAACAACUCAGUUUGCUGCCUAGAUCAACCCCAAAUAUGGGGGUCUUUUAAAAACUGGCCAUGCAUUGACAUCCUGAAGGCCAGUGAAGAUUUAAGAUAAGGACACUGGCUCCAAACGUGUUAUUCCUUAACAAUGGAGACUGCAGCCCUCACACUUCACCUAACAUGAAGGAUGAAUGUGUGUUCACCAGUCUUUUGGUGCUGAGGCUGAUGUUUCAAACACUGCAGGCCAUGGAUAUGCUUCCAAUGCCCAGACCUUUUACAAUGAGUUCAGUAAACCAGGUACACCUUCCAACAGUCCAGAUUUUUGCAGAAUGUCUAUAUUUUUUGUCUCAUAUUUUUGGUCUGUUCCUCAUAAAACUUGUGGUUUUCUGGUAAUUUUUAACUAUGUAGGGGCGUGGGGGGCUUUGCCUCUCCCAUUAUUUUUUGCUUUGUCCAGGUUUCUUGUGCUUGAAGGUUGAGAGGUAUGAAAACGGGCGAGAGCUGUAGUACCUUAAUAGGGCACGAUAGUGGUAAGUGUGCCAUCUUAAAAGCAGGAUCCUCUCCCCAACAUCUUCAUGGAGCCUGUGCAUGUCAGAGAAUUGGCUAGAGCUUCUGCAUCUCUCUGGGAGCAGUUUAAAUUCCAGAAGAUUCCUUCAGUAUAGCAAACAUCUGAGGCUCCCUCCUGGAGCUGUUACUUGCUAAGACGAGUAUUCGUUUGGUCUUCUGAACAUGAGACAAACUGGAAACUGACUUGGUUAGUGUACUUGAAGAUGCAGUAGAGCCCAAAAUUUGCUCUCUUCUAUGGUGUUGGAGAUGGUGAAAGUAGAUGUAAUGUCCCCUUUUUUUUAAAUUUAGAGGGAGGAGUCCUUUAAGCCUUCCUCCAUUUUUCAUUUGAUACAUUGCCUUUCAGUGUAAUUUCAUGCAGAAAGACGAAGGCUUGUGUGUGUAUUGCCCCUUGAUGGAUCAUAUUAGCUUAGUUGUAAAUUCUUUAAGUAUGGGCCUCUGAAGAAAUGGAAAGGUGGUUACUUUUGGCAGAGAUUCUGGUCCCUCUAGUAGUUACAGUCCAAGUUCUGUUCUUUCUAGAAGAAAUGUCAGAGGUUUUGAAUGUUGCUUUCAAAGCCUCUAUUGGACGACCUAUAAGGCGAGUUGAAAAGGUUCAUUUUGCAUGAUAUACCAUGUUCAGUUUAGUACUAUGAUGAGUCAGCUGUAGGCUGUAGUCAGACAGCAUCUUUAAUACUAUCUCAGGCUUCCGCCACCAGUCCUCAUAAUGCAUUACACCUCCCCUUUUUCUCCAGAUGUUUGCUGUGUUCAAGCCAGCAUAGGUAGGUGUUCUCAACAAGUUUAGUAGGUAUUUCUUCAGUUCUGCUGAAAACCGUCUGUGAUCAGGUCAGAGAUUUGCAUUUUGCUAACUUUAAUUGCUGUUUGCAAGUUUAAGCUGCAUCAUAGUUAUGUUUUGCUGUGUUUCAUUAUCCUUUCUGUUGCUUCUAGGUUGUUGUUUUUGUCAAUGACAUACAAUAUUCUGAUGUUUCUCUAGCUUGUUUAGGAAAAAGUUGUUCCAUUUUUGCUAGAUUAAAGUAAUUUUCUGUCAUUAUUUUAAAAUGGAUAAUGGCAAAGUUUCUGGUUUCAACAAAAGGUACCAUAUGUGGCCAUAAGAUUUCUCCUCAGGACACUUUCAAUUAUAUAUGGUGCAUCUGAUGGUAGAACACUUUGAUUCUAAUUGCAUGAUAAGUUUGGUUCCAGGAUACACCAUGAAAGAAAAAAAUCACAUUAAUUUUAAAGGGAUUAUGGCUUUCUGAAUCAGCUAGUUCUAAAAGUGAAAAAAAAGAAGUAAGAGGAAAGUGGUUUAAGCCAAUAUUGUAAGAGGUCUAUAUCUCCUUUAUUCCCAUAAAAUGAGCAGAUGCCCCUUGAACUGCAUAGUGGCAACUAUUUUUCUUUGCACCUCCCAUUUCUAGUCAUAAUAUAGUCACUGCAAAAGGCAAAGGUACACAAGGGGAAGGUCAUACUUAUAACCUCAUUCUGGCCCAGACUAGGUUAUGUUCCCUUACUGUGACCUUAUCUGUUAAGAAGUUUUUUUCUCCAUAGACCUCACAAAGUCUUCUAUCACAUCCAUCUGGCAAUCCUCACCCAGGCAUUCAGUCCCUCAGUCUAACUCCAUGGAUUCCUCAGUGUCCCUAAUGGACAGGGAUGAGUUGUUCCUUUCUUAGGGUUGCACAGAUCCUUACAACUUCCCAGAAACUCUCCGUCAGGAAAAUAUAUAAGUAAAUGGACAACAUUUUCAUUAUGUGCAGUGAUUCCUGGAUUAUGUUCUAGUGGUUUAGCAGAUUUUGAGUGAUAUUUAUAACAGAGGCUCUAAUUACUCUAUAAUCAUUUAUUUAGCAUCCAUUUCUCAUUUGCAUUUUUGAGGAACACAGUUGUGCUUAGACCUCACAUCGAGGAAACCUCUCUCCCCAUAGGGUUUAAACUUUAUAUUAAAAAAAAGUGCACUACUCCCUUUGAACCAGUAGCUACAGUAGAGCUGAAGAAUUUAUUGUUGAUUUUUCUUUUCCAAGAAGUAACAACGUAGGCCAAGAGAAUUUUUGAAAAUAAUGCCUUAUCUUCUGAAUCAUCUAAAUCUCCCCAUAUUUUGUCCACAUAGAUGGGGGUUUCCCUUUGAACAAAUCCAGAUUUUAUGCAAAAGUGAUAGCAGAAAUUAAUCUUACCAGUCAGUCUUCCUGGCUUCUUUUCUCAGUGGUGUAUUUGCUUCGUUGCCUGGAUUUUCAUGGUCAACUAUGAUUUUAUUCAGACAAAGACGCAAGAAAAAUUAUCAACUAUUUGAUCAAUUAUUUUUUCUUUGCUCCAGUCAGAUUGGGAAAAUUGGGACAGAAGGUUUCAAAGGUUUCCUUGUCUAGGUAGUUGACAGACUGCAUUUUAUUUUGUGAGGAAGAAUACUGAAAGACCUUACCAAUCAAACCUAAAGCAAAUUCCACUAAAUCUUAAGCUAUUCCUCACUUGACAGUAUCUGUGAAUAACCUUCAGGGCCACUAUAUUUUAUCAUAUUCUGCCUUUAUUCCACCCAAGAGGUUAGAUGUGGAAACUCUGACUUAAUUUUGAUGUGGACAGAUUGGAUCACACAAAAAUAAGAAAGUCAUUUGCUUACCAUAAUGGUAGAUCUUCAUGGUUCACAUUUAUCUAGUUCAAAAAACAGCUGAUCUGCUCCCUUUCAUUUGAAGAGACUGGCAGAAGUGAUCCUGAGACCAUGCUUAUUUAAUUGUACUUACCUGCACUUUGUGCAAACUUGAUCUGGAGAGAAAGUGAGGGGAUAUGUAUUAUGGGAAAUUUUAGAGCCACAGAGUCUUAAAGGUGCUGAGAGACUGCUGCCUGCAGCUUGACUAUUCAUGAUGUUGAAGUGGAUGAAUGCAGAUUGUACAGUUGAAAUGUUAUGGUGAAUACACAGCUUUCUUUUGUUUUGGAUGAAGAGAUAUCCUCUUCCUCAGAAUGUUAAUCUCUGGGCCUGCAUGUCAUCCCCUCAAGAACCUUCUAGAUGUUGACCAUUGUUGCACCAGCAAUGUAAGUGUCUUUGUUUCAGCCUUUCAUGUUUCAACAGAGAUAAAAGAGCUUUUCUUUCAGCUGUUGGUUAAAGUUAGGACUCUGACUAAGCAAGUACUUGUGACAUAGAUUUUACAAGAGAUCCUUCAUCUCAGAUCUUCUCUGAAGAGCUCUACUUCUCCUUAAGAUUUGAACCUCAUGAAUGCACUUACUGAUGUGCUAAUCUCUGAACUAUCUGAUUCACCAAAUCUCAUGAUCUUAGAUCAAGAGGUCCUUUAUAGUGGGUGGAAUAGUUGGGUGCUUUCUUCUGAUGCCUUCAUGAAUGCCUGUUAUAAAAUGUCUCAGGUCUAUGUGCUUGUGGGGGGAUUCUUCCUUUGCUGUACACAUGACGUCACUGCAUAUGUUUGGAGAUGUGUGCACCAUAUUUUCCUUGCUACUCAUACACUUCUACUCUGAAAAUUUGAAUGUUCACAUUUCAGUGUGCAAGAAACAUAAGCUUUUAAAAUGUGACUGUGGCUGCCUAGUCAUGAUGCAGAGCUGCCACUAAUGUGGGUGAGAGAGACUGCUAGUUUAAAGACAGGUUUAAAGCAAAAAAGCAAUACCUAGUUUGUGGUCCAAACUUGAAGCCAAGCAGAAAGAGAGUGAGAGAGAGACUGGAAGAACUGUCUACAUUUCCCAUGAAAUAGUGUAAAAUGAAGGCAUAUCUGCUUCUUGAAUUCUGCUUGUUCCUGUAGUCCCUCUUGAUCACCUGUUUGAUAUUUUCUAGUGGGAUGUAUUGUCCAACCUAUGACAGACAUGUUUGAGACUGAGUGCUUGGAGACCUCUCUAACAUCUGUUCUUCAAAGCAAGACCCACAGUUUAGUACUACUUCCCAUUACUGGACUAGGCCAGCCAGUGCCUCUUUGACUUGUAGAGAGGAGUCUUUUAAAACAAGGGUGACAUAAAUUCAGUGCUAUGAGAUACACUUUCUCUCUAUAUUCCCCUUUGAUUGGCAAUUCCAUGGUAAAUGUUGAAAUGGCUACUGCUUUGUUUACCAUCUCCAUGUUUGGACCUUCAGCCUCCUAGUUUCUGUCAUUGGCUUUUGAGAAUGUAUUAAUUGUGUUGUGUAGGAUGGCUGAGCAGAUGAGUCGUUAGUUAACAACAAAAGUCAUGGUGCUGCCUUUGAUUCUACAAGACUCGUACAGCAUCAAUCAAAUGUUUGAUCUAUCUGAUUUUUUCUUUGGUUUGGUAGUGAAUCAGAAAUUAUCCUAGAAGUUGUAGUAGGAAAAUAAGUCUGCUUCCUAGUUCUGAGUCUUCAGUCAUUGCUAAGAAGUUAUAGUAUUUUACCAGCCAGUGAGAUAAUUUCUUUUGCCAUUUCCCUGUCUGAUCAAGUGCAUCCUUCAGUGGCUGAUUGGCUGACUUCCCAAAGUAUUUUUUGAAUUCACCAUUGGGAUUGGCUAAGAUGAAGCCUUUAGUUAAUCCACAUUUGAUCCUCUGUUUUGAAGCACUAGGACUGUUCAUCUUCUGCCCUUAAGAAGUUUUAUUUCCACAACUAUUCUUUCCUUUAUCUAGGCUUAGCAUAGUUCUGAGAAAUAUGUAUCCCCUCACCCCUACAAGGGCUCUAAGACUGGAUAGAGUUUGCAGGAAAAUUGCAUUAGGUGUUUUAUAGACUUAUGUGCUUCACUUUCAUUCUUUAGUGGAUAGGUUUUGAAUAAACUGCUUAUUCUGCCUGAUUUGAUUGAGAGGGAGACCAUUGACAGUGUGUAUAAUGUUCUUCAAUCCAAGUUCAGCAAAUGUUUUGAACGGAAGUGAUUAUGUGAAUUUUAUUAUUUUGUUGUGUCAAACAUUGAAUAAAACGUUGGGAAUAUAAAAAGUCUUUUUUGGUUCCCACCUUCUUCCAGUAUUGCUGUGGGCAGUAGAUUGUCAAUUUCUGACCUUUCACUGAGAUUAGAUGACAUGGAAAAUGGGUCCCUGAUCUGUGCUUUCUAUAUAUAACCAGUAAUCAUUUUCUUAAUUUGCCAAUACGGAAGAAGAAUGACAAUUAUGAUUGGACACAGCUUAAUUUGUGUUUGCUUGUUUUGAAACCCUUCAGAAUGAACCCUCAGCUGUUACUUUCCUUUGCCAAAGGAAAGGUAGCACAUAGUCUAAGCACUGUGCAAGUCCAGAUGAUUAACCAUUUUUUCCUGUAUGAUGUCCUUACAUGCAUUGAAUUAAUGUCAUGUCAUUACAGCAGGAUAGUGACAGUCUCUACAGCUCUGUUCUGUAACAUUUUCAUAGGUCACAUUUUUGCUAUUCCAUAUGGUCACAUUAUAAAGUGCGACAUCGUCUUGGAAACUAGAACAUCUUUUGAGAGAAUAGUAGUAUAAUAAUUUUGUGUUUUUUGCCUUCUUCACUAAGAAUAGCUGUGGGUAAGAAUAAGUACAGUUCAUGACUGUCUUUUAGUGUUUGUCUGGCUGUAUUUAAUGGCAACACUUAAGCAUUUUGCUCUUGCAGUAGGUGGUUUCUUAACUUAGGAAUCAUGAAUUUUUUUUCUCGGGGUGUAUUGUGUUCGGUAUUGAAAAACUUCUUUCCCUUCUUAAAAUACUUUUUGCAAGAAAGUUCACAGUUGAACAUCCAGUCUCUCAGGCUGCACGUUUUAUGCUUGCCAUAGAAAUUGAUGGAAAAUGGAGGGGUCAGCUUUAAAUAUCUGCAUAUGGCUGUGCAUUGGUUUGUAUGCAUUUGAUGUACACGUGCACACAGACAAAUAUAUGUAUAGGUAUCUCGUAUGUCAACUGGAUGAACAUUGCUGACUCAGUCUUUGCACUUGUAGAUGCUAGUCUCCGGAUUUAAAGAUUUUUUUUUACCUGCUGCAAGAAGUAAGAACUGGGUUUGAUUAGCAGCUGUGGAGUCUUAUGGCACUGGCAGGGGAGGGAGAGUGCGUCUCCAGGGGCAAACAUGUUACUGUUUCCCUUGUGGAGACCUGGGAAACUACCGCAGAUGCUUCUGUAGAUGAGUGGGGUAGCUUGCUGACAUCAUACCUUUGCAGAAUUGAGAGGCAGUUCAUUCUGGUUCACUCAUUACACUUCCUGUCAGGGAGCAGUGCUGGGCACGCACAAGGGUUUUAUUAAAAUUAGAGAACUCCGGGGCAACAGUAUGAUGCUGUCCUUUGAAGUCUCAAUCUCCUCACUGGGACCAGUCUGUAGUAGAAAAAGUCCAGGGGUAUAAAGGAGGGGUAGGUAGACCAAAUAAAUGAGGAGAGGCACCAUGAAAAACAUAAGGGGAAAAAAGAUUAUAACAAAAUAUAUACACAAGUAUUUCUUUUGUUGGACUGUAGUGUAUGCAUCAUCAUUUCUCAUUCUGUAGUGUAAGCAGGCAGAUUUGUUCACAGCCUGUUUCAAUGUGUCUGCAAGAGCAUGUGUUUCUCUGCAUGUGAUCAUUACCUGCAUUUGCCUUGAUUUUACUGUGCAAAAGGUAUCCAAGCUAAACUUUGCAUUAAUUUAGAACUACAGAACAUGGUGACUGCCCAUUAAUUUGUGUUUCAUAAGUUGGUCUUUGGUUAUUAAAGUGUUGAAUGAUUGUAUUGUUAGUGGUGUAUAACAAUAAUCCUGUUUGUUAACAAGGUAGGCCCACUGGAUGCACAAUCCCUUUCCUGGGGUGACCCAGGACCAGUGUCUGGUUUAAGUGACUUACUUCAGAUCACACAGGAAGCAAAUGAGGACUGAGGGAAUCAAACACUGUACCAGAAGAACUACAGAUGACAACCUUAAUCUCUGCAUCAACAUCCAAAGAUGUUGAUAAGUAGAGACAACUGAUGACAAUCAUAUAAUUAUCACUUAAAUUUUAAUUCAUAUAAAAUACACUAAUGUUGUCCAACUUUCUUGCUUGUAUACGAAAUCAGAAAAUCCAGCUUCCCACAUAGUGGCUGUCCAUUUGAGUUGUGUGGUAGUUCUGAAACCCAUAAAAAAUGAAACAUAAUACUCUGCAGUAUGCUUGUUUUGUCAUCUGAAGUCAUGUCUGGGCUAAGGGAAGUUAUUUUAUAUUUCUUAGCUGUUUCAUUGUGCUGGUAGCACUUCAUGUGAAUUGUCACUGGGUCAUUGAAAUGUUAGUUAUCGGUAAACAUAAGUGAAAAUGAGGCAUUUUGAGAUUUGGUUAGUAAUGCUGACCACAAGAAAUGGGAUUUUCUGGGAUUGUAAUUUGUUUUGUUUAGGAAGUCUGCUCAAGGACAUGAAGAGAAAUGGAAUUUUUUUAAGAUAGGAGGUCCACUGUGCUUGGGAAGCCUGUUCAAAGACUGAAAGGGUUAAGUUUUCCAGCAAAAGUUAAGUUAGUAUCCCAGUGGGAAAUAUGCAUCUGAUUCUGAACUGCAGGUGGUGAAGUUGCAGUAGAGAAGGGGUUCCAAUGUUUGUUCUUGAUGUGCAGUGUUGUCAUUCUCUAAUCAUUGUUUUACUUUUUCCUUCUCUACUGUGACAACAAGCAGCCCUGCUGUAUCCUUUUGCCAUGCAGUUUUCCCAGCUAUGCCUUACAGGACUUUACCUUCUUGGAUGCCUGAUGAGAGAGGAGUAGAAGGGUUACAGUCCCAGGUUUAAUGACGUUCCUACAGCGGGCUCAUGUGCUUCUUUAUGGUACUGCUGAAGUUCGCCUCCCUUUGUUACUGCAGUAAUUUUAUUCUAGCUAAUUGUCAUCCUUUUCUUUUUAGCAAUGUAACCUUUAACGUUAAGGAUAUGGAUUUUAAAUGUCUCUUUUGCCUUUGAUCAAAAUAUUGCUAACAGUUACAAAGUCUGUAACCCACACCCACUUCCCCAAAGAUCAGUGUAAUCUGUGUCCUAGGUGGGUGGGAAGCAUAUGAUUGGUGUACCCUGAACAGUGCAGAUUGAAUUUAAGGCAUUGUUAGAGGAGUAUUUUUAGAUGUAUUUAACACCAGAAGUAUUCAUUUAUUUCACUUGAGAGGACUGUGAAGUAGAAAAAUAUCAGAUGUCUUCAUUGUGACACAAUAAAUAUGUAAAUAAUACAGAAACUUGCACAAAAUAUUUGUUACACUUUUGUCAGUGAUUGAUUUACUGGUAGAGAUGUACACUAUGCCCAACUACUCAAAAAUGUUGAACACUCCAACACUGCUAAAGUUGAAUUUGGAGUCACGUCAUGGGUAGACCAGUUAGUGUUAAAUAUGAACUGUUUUUGUGAUUUCAUCUCUGUUAAUAUGUUCUGUGUAACUCUGGUACAGAUGAAAAUGUUUGGAAAAUUCCCCAUACAGAAGGUUUAUGUUGUAUGGCUCCUUGUUGAUUAAUAUGGACACCUUUGCUGUGAAUGUUUUUAACUAUGUAAAAACUGUCCUGCAGUGGCAGAAAAUGUUUAAAACUGAAGGGAGAAUCUGCAAGAUUAUAAAUAAAUAUAUAAACUGUAAAUGUAUAAUAAAUAUGUAAACGGCUAGUUUUCAAACUCAGGUUCUAAAGGACCAAACAAAGCUUGUUUUCUAA